UUUGCGUGUUAUUUCGUCCUCCAACGUUCUUCCAAGAUGGCCGAAGAAGUCAUUCUCCCAAUUCCGAAUCUCGAGUUACCACAGGCCCACUUUACCUUAAAUCAAUCCCAGUUGGGUCAUUUGCACCAGGACGCGCUCAAGGUGCUUUUGCAAGGAAUUGAGAAAGACCACAUGGCUCCAUACUAUCGAGCUCUCAUUGUCUUGCAGCAUCCACCGACGUCACCGAGCGCACCAUCGUCGCCAACCACUUCGCGACACAUGCAGAUCCCGUUACCUGAGGACAAAGCACUCUUAGAACGCAUGGAUGCAGCGAAUGCUGAAGAACUGAAGAAGCUGGAUGAGCGUCUAGAAGAAGCAGAAAAGACGGAAGGAGAGACUGAAAUUGCUGAUGCAUUACGUGCACGAGCAAUGUAUUUAACGCGAAUUGGAGAUAAAGAUAAAGCAAUAGCAGCUCAAGAACUCGCAUUCGAGAAAACUCCUGGAGUCGGUUCGAAAAUCGAUAUUGUUCUCACUCUCGUACGAAUAGGAUUCUUCUUCGGAGACCAUGUCAUUAUCUCGAAGAACCUCACUCGUGCAGAAGAGCUCAUCGAGAAGGGUGGAGACUGGGACCGGCGAAACCGAUUAAAGGUGUACCAAGGUCUCCACUCACUAUCCAUUCGACAAUUCAAGCGGGCAACCGACCUGUUUGUGGAUGCUCUAUCAACGUUUACUGCUACGGAGCUUCUCAAUUACAACGAUUUCGUGUCUAUGACCAUGAUUGCUGGUGCAUUAACACUAAGCCGACCAGACUUGAAGAAGAAAAUCAUUAAUGCACCUGAAGUCAUUCAGGUCAUUCAGGAACUUCCAAUCCUUGCCGAACUUACGAAAUCCCUAUACGAUUGUCUUUACGACAGAUUCUUUAUCGCGCUCGCAAAACUUGAGCAAACGCAACUCAUCCCAUCUCGUGUCCUCAAUCCUCACGCACGGUAUUACGUACGCGAAAUGCGCAUCCUCGCAUACGCACAACUGCUUGAGAGCUACCGCAGUCUAACUCUUGAGAGUCUCGCAACUGCGUUCGGUGUAUCCGUGCCCUUCGUCGAUAACGAGCUCGCUCGAUUUAUUGCUCUCGGUCGUCUCAACUGUACGAUUGAUCGCGUACAUGGUAUCGUUGAGACGAACAGACCAAGUGCGAAGAAUUCACAGUACGAGACGGUGAUUCGACAGGGCGACAUCCUUCUUAACUCGAUACAGAAACUCAGUAAAGUCCUGUACUGACGGUGCUACCUUUGAAUUGUACAUUAUCUUAGGAAGUUGCCCAAACUAGACUUUGCAGAUUGG